AUGCAGAAGCUUCUUCCACUCCUCGUCGUCGGGACUCUUUUAGCCGUCUCCAACGUCGAUGCGGCUGCCCAGAGGUUGCCGGAUAGCCGCAUUGUUAAUGGGCGAGAGGCCGCAGAGGGGGAGUUCCCCUAUCAGCUCUCACUGCGGCGCCACACCAUCCACAUCUGUGGUGCCUCCAUCCUCGCCAGCAACUGGGCUAUAACAGCGGCCCACUGCAUCGACAACCACGAGACGAGUCCCCGCGAGUUCACCCUGCGCCAGGGCACUGUCCUGCGCACCACAGGCGGUUCCAUCCAGCCCGUGCAGACCAUCUACAAGCAUCCCGCGUACGAUCGAACGGACAUGAAUUUCGAUGUGGCUCUGCUGCGGACUGCCGUCGGAGCUCUUUCCACGACGCCCAUCCGCCUGCCAGCUGUGGGCGAGGCUAUCCCGGAGGGCAUGUCCGCCGUCGUCUCUGGCUGGGGACACAUGGAUAUCAUUAAUCCCGUCCUGGCGCCGGUCCUCAUGAGCACCACUGUGCAGACCGUUAAUCAGGAAAAGUGUGACAGCGCCUUGAAAAAUCACGGCGGCGUCACUGAUGCAAUGUUCUGUGCGGCCGCAAGAAACACGGACGCCUGUCAAGGCGACAGCGGAGGUCCCAUCAGUGCCGAAGGCACUCUGAUUGGCAUCGUUUCCUGGGGGGUCAGCUGUGCGGAUCCCUAUUAUCCAGGCGUGUACACUCGUCUGGCCCACCCCACUGUACGCCGUUGGAUACGUCUGCUCACCAAAUUGUAAAUCUCCAUCAAUAAAGGAAAUAUACGGGAUAACAUGCGUGAUAGCCUA